CUUUAAAGGUUAUAUGAUAGCGCAUUUUAGACCAAUUAAUUUGCACUUUUGUGUCGUUUAAAACAUUUUAGGCUUGGGGACCUUAACUCACCUCAGCUGUCACAAGAUAGGCAAUGUGACCCUUCAAUCAGCUCCUUGUUACUGUUAGAAGUUGCCUGUCCAUUUCCACAGCUGGACAUUUUGAAUAUUUAAAGGUGACAUUGUACCCAAUAGGUGUAGAUUCAACGUUAACAAGAGAGUGUCUGACCUUAAAAGCUGGAUGAUAGGCCCCCACCAUCCACCUUCUGACUCCUCCAUCUUAGCUGUUGCAUGGCAGGUAAAACUGAUAAAAAUCUAGUGUGACAGUUUGGAUGGCCUCCAGUGGAAAAUGUUCAGCUCUGACUGGUAGCACAUACAGACUCACUGCAGAGUUGGGAUUCUUACCAGUGAGAGAAGGUCAUUAAGAUUUCACCCUUUGUUUGCACUGAUUAACAAGGGCAGACGUUUCUAGAUUAAUUAACAAAAUCGAGAAAAGAAAUGGGUCACUUGACACUGUGUGAAUGACAUGGUGGUGCCAUAAUUAAUGGUCAUUCUAGCCUCAGCUUUGAGUUACAGCGGAACCUCCUUGUCUUACUGAUAACCCUCUUAAAGGAAUGUCACCUAUCACAGUCUCAGUUAUGCCUGUGGAUUCAUUAACACCCCACUAAAGGACCCUUUUUUUUCUUCAGAAGAAAUGCAAUCAAUUUCCAUUAGUUUUUGAUUUGGACAACUCUCUGCAGGAUGGCCUCCUCCAGUGGUAAAGCUGAAAAAUCCUCCAAAUUUGAGAUGCUGAAACUUUUGGAGAAUUGCCGAAAGGAAAGAGAUGAAGCUUUGCAACGGGAAAGUGCUCUGAGGGAAAGGCUCAGGCAGAAUGAGGCAAGGUUGCGUUCCAGCGAGAGUAUGAAACAGAAACUGAAAAUAUUGACCAUGGACAACAAAGAGCUUAGAAAGCAAGUGAAGGCUCUUCGAGUGGAUAUUGGACUUGAGAGCAGCCCCAAAUUCACUGGGAAGACUACAAAAGACAUCGUCAAUGAUUUGCAAGAAAAGGAACGUGAGUGCAACUCAUUAGUAGAGAAGACCGGGAAACUUAGUCAAACCAUUGAUGACUUGACCGCAGAGUUGUCAAAUGUGGCCACCUCCAAGACGCUUUUGGAGGAACAAGUGCAGUCGUUACAGCAAAACCUCAAAGAUAUGACAAACAACCAGAGGCGUCUGCUAAAGCUGUGGGAAGACAAGAAGACACAGAGGGAGCAAAAUGCUCUUCCUGCCAUUAUUCAGAGACCCUUUACCCACAAAGAAGUUCAAACUGACAUGUCCAUAAGCGCAUAUCAGAAGCUCCCAUCUAAUGCCUUUGAGACAAAACAGAUAACUUAGGACUGUGACUAAAGCAGAGGUUUGGACGAACAGAGAUUUUUGUCCUUUGGCAAAGACUUUUCAUCAUGGAACCUAAUAAGAC